AUGGUCAUUUACAGUACGUGUAUUUGUGUUGCUGAGUACAAGUUGUUCUUCCUUGACACGGUCGACGAUUACAAUCAAUCGAAUCUCGUUACGUUCAUACUGCGACUUCUUUGGAACAAUUUCGUGCAAUAUAACAAUUUCUCCGAAGCCGAACGAAUCCAUCGUCGUAAACAAAUCGAUCGUGUCCUACGAUUGCUUGCAACGCUGUCGAAGAGUGAAGAACUGCUACAACAGAUCACUGCUAUAUUC